AUGUGUAAGCGGGCCCUUGAGGAGUCAAACUGGGAUGAGGAAGAAGCCGUAGUGUAUCUACGCAAAGCAGGGGUCGCACGAGCCAGUCUAGCUGCUAACCGCGAUGCUGCUGCAGGCGUCGUUGCUGUGUAUAGAUCCACUGACGGAACUCAAUGCACUGCAGUCGUAUUAAGUUGCGAAACAGAUUUCGUGCAAAAAAAUCCGAAAUUUGUUGCCUUCUCUCAAGCUCUUGCGGAGCAUUGCUACGCAACUCUGCGGUCUAGUGACACGGGCUUGUCGGAUGCCCUCGGAAGUCUCCUCGUUAACCAACUGAAGAGCUCUAGGGCUUCGCCUACUCUUUCGUCAUGCGUACAAAGUGGGUCUACAGCUUCAGCUGACUCCGUCAGUGAACUGCUUGCGGAUUUGACGACGCAGUUCGGGGAAACCGUCGAAGUUAAGGCGGUGGUGUCUCUAGACAGCAACGCAUCGUCGUGUAUUGGUGUAUACGUGCACAACGAAACAACACCAGGUGCGGGAGUUGGGAGCGCAGCUGCUGUAGUGGAGCUUUCCUGGGUUCCUUCCAACGGUCCAGCAACAGCAUCGGCAACUCUGCGUGGGCGCUUGUCCAAAUUUGCAAGGCUAAUUGCCAUGCAGGUCCUUGCGACUUCUCCGAAGUUUGUUGAUCUUCACUCCAUUCCAAGCUCUGUUGUAGAAAAAGAGCGAGCGAUUGCCGAAGCUGCAGCAGCAACUAGAACUAAAGGCGCUCCUGCGCCGCCGCCCUCAUCUGCCGCCGAGACAAAGGGAACGCCUUUCUCCAAGAUUGCUGAGCAGCGUCUCCAGCGGUCGCUGGAGGAGCAGUGCCUUCUUUCUCAAGAAUUCUUUAUGGUCAAGCAGCUCCACGAGGACGUUCUACGAGAUACCCAAGCGGAGGCAGCAACGGAUGGCAGAGGCGGCAGUUGCACUAGCACAGCACGCAACCAACAACAGAGGCAGCUCACCGUUGCCGAUGCACUCCAGUUUGUAGGGCAAACGCUGGGCUGCAGCCUGACAGUGUCUCGCAUGCGUCUGAUUAGUUUGGGGAGCCAGUGA